AGGGCAGCCACAAAGACCACAACUUCAUAUUCCCUUCUCUCUCUCUCUCUCUGAACCAGUCACGCGCAGAGCUAAAAUGGAGAGCACUGCGGUGUUAGCAGCUCAGCAGCCGAAUUGCCUGAUUUGCCCCUCCCGCCAUGGCCAUGCUCUCAAGCCGCCGUCGUUCUUCACUGAGAAGAGACACAUCUCUCCCACAUCUCUCAGGCUGCAGAAGCAAUACCCUCUUACUUUUUGCAGUUCCCUGCAACAACCGGCCCCUCCAUUGACAUGCAAUGCCAUAUUAUCUGAUACUUGCAGCAAUGAGGUAACCGAAUUAGCCGACAUAGACUGGGAGAACCUUGGAUUUGGAUUGCUUCCCACUGAUUACAUGUACACCAUGAAAUGUGGUCGAGAUGGCAACUUCUCUAAAAGUGAAUUACGGCGUUUCGGAAACAUUGAAUUGAGCCCUUCUGCAGGAGUUCUAAAUUAUGGCCAGGGUUUAUUCGAAGGUCUGAAAGCUUACCGGAAACGUGAUGGUAAUAUCCUUCUGUUUCGCCCAGAAGAAAAUGCACUGCGUAUGAGAAUGGGAGCUGAGCGUAUGUGCAUGCCAGCACCCACUGUUGAACAAUUUGUUGAGGCUGUAAAGGCCACUGUAUUAGCAAAUAGACGUUGGAUACCGCCGACCGGUAAAGGUUCUUUAUACAUAAGGCCAUUGCUCAUGGGGAGUGGAGCUGUUCUUGGUCUUGCCCCUUCUCCUGAAUACACCUUUCUAAUCUAUGUUUCACCUGUGGGAAACUACUUCAAGGAAGGUGUAGCACCGAUACAUUUGGUGGUGGAGCGUGAACUGCAUCGAGCUACCCCUGGUGGUACUGGAGGUGUCAAGACUAUUGGAAACUAUGCUGCGGUUCUGAAGGCACAGUCUGCUGCCAAAGUUAAAGGCUUUUCAGAUGUUCUAUACCUUGAUUGUGUGCACAAACAAUAUUUAGAGGAGGUUUCUUCUUGCAACAUUUUUGUUGUGAAGGAUAAUGUCAUAAGUACUCCGUCAAUAAAAGGGACAAUCCUACCAGGUAUUACUAGGAAGAGCAUAAUUGAUGUUGCUCGCAGUGAAGGUUUCCAGGUUGAGGAGCGGCUUGUAGCGGUGGAGGAGUUGCUUGAUGCUGAUGAAGUUUUUUGCACUGGGACAGCCGUGGUUGUAUCACCAGUGGGAAGUAUCACUUACCGCGAUAGAAGGGUAACUUAUGUUGAGGGGGUUUUUGGAGUUGUCGCAGAACAGCUAUAUUCUGUACUCACCAGACUGCAGAUGGGUCUCAUUGAUGACAAGAUGAAUUGGACCGUUGAGCUGAGAUAGGUCAGGUGAAGCAAUCGCCUCACUAGUUUGAUGUUUUCAAGUCUUUCCAUUCCUUUUCCGGUAAAGCUAUGUAGCUCAUUUUCUCUGGCCAGUGAUUGGUGUAGAUAGGUUUUCGAUGGAAUGGGGACAAAUGUUCUAAGACGGUUGCUUUGUGAGACCAUGUUUAGUCUUGGAGCUGUUGGUCUUCUCUUUGAAUUUCUUCCCACAAGUGAACAGCUCCUCAGAUGAAGGAGAGACGUUGGACUUUCCGUGCUUUAGAUUAGCAUAGCAUCAAUGUUUAAGAUUGUUUGUU